CGCUUCCCUCUUCUGUCCCCGCCUCCCCGCCUCUGUACCGACGCGUCCCGGGCUGGAGCCCAGCGGGAGCCGAGCCGCAGCCGCAGCCGGAGCCGGAGCCGGAGCCGGAUCCGCAGCCACAGAGACGUGGAAACAUGGAGGCCUGAGCCGGCGUGCGCCACCCGCGCUGCGGCGGUGAUCGCGCUCCUCCUGACCCCGGUGCCUCCUGCCUGCGUGUCCGGGCGGCUGGAAGCCGAGCUCCCAGCGGGCUGAGACAGGUCCUUUUAUGGAAAUGCAGGUGUAAGGAGAAGUUACCAACCAAGUUAGAAGAUGGGAUCGAACAGCAGCAGAAUCAGUGAUCUUCCUAAAAAUGAAUACUUAAAAAAGUUAUCAGGCACAGAAUCUGUCUCUGAGAAUGAUCCAUUUUGGAACCAGCUUCUCUCAUUUUCUUUCCCUACACCAACUAGCAGUACUGAGUUGAAGCUCUUGGAGGAGGCGACCAUUUCAGUCUGCAGAUCUUUAGUUGAAAACAAUCCGCGAACAGGAAACCUUGGUGCACUAAUUAAGGUCUUCCUUUCUAGAACCAAAGAACUAAAGCUUUCAGCAGAAUGUCAGAACCACAUCUUCAUUUGGCAGACCCACAAUGCCCUGUUUAUUAUUUGCUGUUUGCUGAAAGUGUUCAUCUGUGAAAUGUCAGAGGAGGAAUUACAACUUCAUUUUACUUAUGAAGAAAAAUCUCCUGGCAGUUACAGUUCUGAUUCGGAAGAUCUUUUGGAAGAACUGCUGUGCUGUUUGAUACAGUUGAUCACUGAUAUUCCACUCUUAGAUAUUACCUAUGAGAUAUCAGUAGAAGCCAUUUCAACAAUGGUUGUUUUCCUUUCCUGCCAACUCUUCCACAAGGAAGUCUUGCGACACAGCAUCAGUCACAAGUAUUUGAUGCGAGGUCCAUGUCUUCCAUACACCAGCAAACUUGUGAAAACUUUAUUGUAUAACUUUAUCAGACAAGAAAAGCCCCCUCCCCCAGGAGCCCAUGUUCUCUCUCAGCAGUCGGAAGGCGGGGGACUGCUCUAUGGACUUGCGUCAGGAGUAGCAACCGGGCUCUGGACUGUCUUCACCCUGGGCGGCGUGGGCAGCAAAGCAGCCACCACUCCAGAGCUUUCCUCCCCUCUGGCCAACCAGAGUCUCCUGCUGCUGCUGGUGUUGGCCAACCUGACCGACGCUCCGGACGCACCCAACCCCUACAGACAGGCCAUUCUGUCCUUCAAGAACACGCAAGAUAACAGUCCUUUCCCCUCAACGAUCCCACAUGCUUUCCAGAUCAAUUUUAACAGUUUGUACACAGCUCUCUGUGAGCAGCAGAGGUCGGGCCAAGCCACUCUCCUCUUGUACACGUUGCUGCACCAGAACAGUAAUAUUAGAACAUACAUGUUGGCUCGCACAGAUAUGGAAAACCUGGUUUUACCAAUUCUUGAGAUUCUGUAUCAUGUCGAAGAGAGAAAUUCACACCAUGUGUAUAUGGCCCUUAUAAUAUUGUUGAUCCUUACGGAAGAUGAUGGCUUCAAUAGAUCUAUUCAUGAAGUGAUAUUAAAAAAUAUUACUUGGUAUUCAGAACGGGUUUUAACUGAAAUUUCACUGGGGAGUCUCCUGAUACUGGUUGUGAUAAGAACCAUUCAGUACAACAUGACAAGGACGAGAGACAAGUACCUGCACACCAACUGUCUGGCAGCACUGGCAAACAUGUCGGCGCAGUUCCGAGCUCUCCACCAGUACGCUGCUCAGAGGAUCAUCAGUUUGUUUUCUUUGCUGUCUAAAAAACACAACAAAGUUCUGGAACAAGCCACACAGUCCUUGAGGGGUUCGCUGAGUUCCAGUGAUGUUCCUCUACCAGAUUAUGCACAAGACCUCAGUGUCAUUGAAGAAGUGAUUCGAAUGAUGUUGGAGAUCAUCAAUUCCUGCCUGACAAACUCCCUUCACCACAACCCCAACCUGGUGUAUGCGCUGCUUUACAAGCGCGAUCUCUUUGAACAGUUCCGAACACAUCCUUCAUUUCAGGACAUCAUGCAGAAUAUUGAUCUGGUCAUCACCUUCUUCAGCUCCAGGUUGCUGCAAGCUGGGGCGGAGCUGUCUGUGGAGCGGGUCCUGGAGAUCAUUAAGCAAGGGGUUGUCGCGCUGCCCAAGGACAGACUAAAGAAAUUUCCAGAACUGAAAUUCAAGUACGUGGAAGAGGAGCAGCCCGAGGAGUUUUGUAUCCCCUACGUCUGGUCUCUGGUCUACAACUCCGCGGUGGGCCUGUACUGGAACCCCCAGGACAUCCAGCUGUUCACGAUGGAUUCCGACUGAGGGCAGGAGGCCCCUGGCCCGCCCUGAGCCGGGCAGCCCGGCUGGGCAUCCUGGUUCUGAGAGCGAGGCACACGGCCCGCCGGCCUCUGCCACCAAAGAGGCCCACACGCGCGCUCCCCUCGCACACUGUGCCCUGGCGCCGCCGGCAGGAGAUCCCUCAGCUUCCGUUGUGGUGCGCGGGGGUGGGGCUGAGGACCCGACAGUAAUAAACCUGAGAAC